CCUUUUUGUGAAACAGGUCGAUUUGAAGUUUUUGGAUUUAAAAAAAAAACAAAACAGGAAAUACUCACGUGACAUAAGUUGUCACCAACUGAGUCUGACACUAGAAUACUGUUCUGUAACAACGCAACUAGAAGUCAUGGAUGCUGCUGAAUUUCGAGUCAAGGCCAAGGAAGUCGUAGACUUUAUUGCAGAUUAUAUGGAAACUAUUGAAAACAGACGAGUAUCCCCGGAUGUCAAACCUGGUUAUCUCAUCAACGCUGUACCCAAAGAUGCCCCGAAAGACCCCGAGAACUUUGAGGAUCUUAUGAGGGACUUUAAGGAAAUAAUACUACCUGGGAUUUUACAUCAUCAACACCCCCUCUUUAAUGCCUACUUCCCGCUCGGUCACUCCUUCGCUUCAGUCCUAGGUACUAUGCUGUCUGACGGGAUCGCAGGAAUCUCCACAUCCUGGGCGAUCAGUCCCGCGUGCACGGAGUUGGAAAUGGUUGUCACAGACUGGUUAGGUAAACUCGUGUCUCUACCGAAGCAGUUUUUACACGAGGGAGGAGAGGGUGGGGGGUCCAUUCAGGGAUCUGGAAGCGAGUGUAUUUUCUUGGCUCUUUCCGCUGCAAAACGUCACACCCUACCUAACACAAUGGACGAAGCGCCCCGGCUUGUCGCCUACACCUCAUGUUUGGCUAACGUGUGUGUUCAAAAGGCUUGUUCACUGGGGUCCGUGAUUUUACGACAGAUCGAAGUAGAUGAAAAUCUCUCCUUGUCUGUAAAAGCUUUGAAAAGAAGCAUCAUGGCAGACAAAUCAAAUGGACUCCAUCCCUUUUUUGUCUGUGCCACGGUGGGCACCACCUCUUGUUGUUCUUUUGAUGACAUUUCUGAGCUGUCGGAGGUGUGUAACAAGGAGAACCUUUGGCUGCACGUUGAUGCUGCGUAUGCCGGUUGUGCGUUAGUUUGCCCAGAAUUCCACUACCUCAUUGAUGGCAAAGAGAAAAUUUCCUCCAUUUCUUUUAAUCCACACAAAUGGUUGCUGACUACAACAGAAUGUGCUGUACUUUGGCUGAAGAACAAAAAACCUCUAACUGAUUGCCUCGGUGCGAGUGCCACAUAUCUACAACAUAAACAUCAAGCUGAAACAACUGACUUCCGAAACUGGGGCAUUGGAAUCACAAGACCAUUCCGAGCUCUCAAACUGUGGUUUGUCCUGCGUUUGUAUGGAAUCAGUGGAUUACAAGAGUUUAUUAGGAGGCAUAUCAAACUAGCCAAGAGGAUGAAAGACCAUAUUGAAAGCAACCAUGCGUUCGAAAUAGUUGGACAGUCAAAUCUGGGAUUAGUGGCAUUCUGUAUUAAGGGACCCAGCAGGCUUACUUCUACACUUCUGCGAAAUAUAAAUGAAUCCGGUAACUUACACCUGACGGAAGCUUCUGUCAAUGGUCGUUCUGUCAUCCGAUACGUCGUCUGCGCCGAAAAUGCAAAGGAAAAGGAUGUCGAUUUCGCAUGGAGUGUCAUCUCUUCUGCAGCUGACGGAAUGUUUUCUGCUCGAGGAUGACAAUUUAUUUAUUGCUGCCCUAAGUUAAAAAAUCGAAGAGAUAUUGUGUGUUAAUGAAAUAAAUGUAUUCCGAUUGAUUUUCAAAGAUUGCUAUAAUAAAAAUUUUAGUAUGUGACUUUAAUACAAUCUUAAUUCUCCAAUUAAUAAAAGAACUUUCGGUAAACAAAAAAUGGCUUUCUGAUUGUUGUUAUUUUCCUCGUUUGUAUUUUUGAACAAAUGUCUGUAUAUUCUUAUGCAAAAAAAUGUUACAUUGUUGUUUAUAAAACUCAGUCUCUGGUCAA